GCGUGAGAGGGUAAUUCUUUAUGAUUCAUUUCCAGUCCAUUCAAAAUAGGAUUCUAAACACAAGCUUAGAAUUUGACUCAUCUGAUUUUUCACUUUUCAAUACAAAGCACUAAACUACAGCUUUUCAUCCUUUUUCUAGAUUCAGAUUUCGAAACCAGGAUGGAAGCCCUUGCUGUUACAAUCUUGGAAAAGUUGAGCUCUGCAGCUUACAAAGAGCUCGGAAUCAUUUGGAAUUUCAAAGAGGAUAUGGAACGAAUGAAGAACACAGUCUCCAUGAUAAAAGCCGUGCUUCUCGAUGCAGAGUCCAAGGCCAAUAAUCAUCAAGUUAGUAAUUGGUUGGAGAAGCUGAAAGAUGUACUUUAUGAUGCAGAUGAUUUACUAGAUGAUUUUUCCAUUGAAGCUUUGAGAAGAAAAGUAAUGGCUGGAAACAACAGAGUAAGACGUACAAAAGCUUUCUUCUCAAAAUCAAACAAAAUUGCCCAUGGCCUUAAAUUGGGCCGUCGAAUGAAAGCAAUCCAAAAGAGGCUAGAUGACAUUGCUAACAAUAAGCAUGCACUGCAACUGAAUGACCGCCCUAUGGAGAAUCCAAUUGUAUAUAGGGAACAGAGACAAACUUACUCUUUCGUAAGUACAGAUGAAGUUAUUGGAAGAAAUGAGGAAAAGAAAUGUAUUAAAAGUUAUCUACUAGAUGACAAUGCAACAAAUAAUGUUUCUAUAGUUCCCAUAGUUGGCAUUGGAGGAUUAGGUAAGACUGCACUUGCUCAACUAGUCUACAAUGAUAAUGAUGUUCAAAAGCAUUUUGAGCUAAAAAUGUGGGUGUAUGUCUCGGAUGAAUUUGAUUUGAAGAAAAUAUCUCGGGAUAUCAUUGGGGAUGAAAAGAAUAGUCAAAUGGAGCAAGUACAACAACAACUUAGAAACAAAAUUGAAGGGAAAAAGUUUUUGCUUGUGUUAGAUGACGUGUGGAAUGAGGAUCAUGAGUUGUGGCUUAAAUUGAAGAGCAUGUUCAUGGAAGGUGGAAAAGGAAGUAUGAUAAUUGUUACAACGCGUAGUCAGACUGUGGCAAAAAUAACAGGCACACAUCCACCCCUUUUCCUAAAAGGUUUGGAUUCACAAAAAUUCCAGGAGCUAUUCUCUCGAGUGGCUUUCGGCGAGUUGAAAGAACAAAAUGAUUUGGAGUUGUUAGCUAUAGGAAUGGACAUUGUUAAGAAAUGUGCUGGCAUUCCCCUUGCCAUAAGAACUAUUGGCAGCCUUUUGUUUUCUCGAAAUUUGGGCCGGAGUGACUGGCUUUAUUUCAAGGAUGCCGAGUUUUCAAAGAUAGAUCAACACAAGGAUAAAAUCUUUGCAAUCCUUAAACUGAGUUAUGAUCAUCUUCCAUCGUUUCUAAAAAAGUGCUUUGCCUAUUGUUCACUGUUUCCAAAAGGUUUUAUGUUUGAAAAGAAGACACUCAUUCAGUUAUGGGUAGCUGAGGGGUUCGUUCAACAAUCAAAUGAUAUUAGAUGUGUAGAAGAUAUUGGUCAUGAGUACUUCAUGAGUUUGCUGUCAAUGUCUUUCUUUCAAGAUGUUACUAUAGACGAUUGUGAUGGAAUAAGCACCUGUAAAAUGCAUGACAUUAUGUAUGAUCUAGCGCAACUAGUGACCGAGAAUGAAUAUGUCGUGGUUGAAGGAGAAGAACUAAACAUAGGAAACAGAACACGUUAUUUGUCAUCUCGUAGGGGUAUACAACUAUCACUAACAUCAUCAUCUUCCUACAAGUUAAGGACAUUUCAUGUGGUCGGUCCACAAUCAAAUGCAAGCAAUCGUUUGCUUCAGUCAGAUGAUUUUUCCUUCUCAGGCUUAAAGUUCUUGCGUGUGUUGACACUUUGUGGGUUGAAUAUUGAAGAAAUCCCAAAUAGUAUUGAAGAAAUGAAGCAUUUAAGAUAUAUUGAUCUAUCACGGAACAAUGUACUUAAAAAUCUUCCUCCGACCAUUACUAGCCUACUGAACUUGCAAACUCUAAAACUUUCUGAUUGUUCUAAGCUUGAAAUAUUGCCAGAAAAUCUCAAUAGAAGUCUCAGGCAUCUUGAGUUAAAUGGUUGCGAGAGUUUGACAUGUAUGCCACGUGGGCUAGGACAGUUGACUGAUCUUCAAACACUAACACUUUUUGUACUGAACUCUGGAAGUACAAGUGUAAAUGAGUUGGGUGAGCUAAACAACCUGAGAGGGAGAUUAGAAUUAAAAGGGUUGAAGUUCCUGCGAAAUAAUGCUGCAGAGAUUGAAUCUGCAAAAGUACUUGUUGAGAAGCGACACCUUCAACAAUUGGAAUUGCGAUGGAAUCAUGUCGACGAGGAUCCUUUUGAGGAUGAUCCUUUUGGAGUUUGGUAUGUUAAACUAUCGCAAUUACCAUACAACAAUUCUGUGGAAGAUGAGAUCAUUUUACAAGGCCUGCAGCCACACCACCAUUCACUUCGAAAACUAGUUAUAGAUGGGUUUUGCGGCAAAAAGUUACCAGACUGGAUAUGUAAUCUCUCAUCGCUCUUGACUCUUGAGUUCCACAAUUGCAGUAGUUUGACAUCACCGCCUCCUGAACAAAUGUGUAACCUUGUAUCUUUGCGGACACUUCGCAUUUCAAAUUGCCCAUUAUUAAAAUUGAGUAAUAUAUCUGGCAUCCGAGCAAUCAAGAUCAUCAGGGACGGAACCAGGGUUCGGGAUACGCCAAUGAAAUUCAUUCCUGGGAGUCCAUCAUUACUCAAGUAUUUUUCUUGAGUCAAAAUCUUUCAUCAAUCAUGGAGGAACAAGGCAGUUGCUAAACUGUUCCAAGGAGCAAAAUGGUGGUCAAUAAAUUGGUAACUCUUUCACAUCAUCCAUGACUUUGGUAAUCUCACCAAACGUACUUUGGGUAACACUAUCCAUGACUUCACUGUUUUCUGAAAAUGUGUCAAUUGUUCCUUGGAAGAUCAUCAAUCAUUGGAUGAACUCUAUCUCUCUCACUAAGAUUAUGCAUUCUAGAGUACCUCAUAUUAGGUGCAUGGGAUUUGUUAACUUCUUGUAUCAGUGAAGACCUCUUCUGUAAUAGGAAUAUUAUUCCUAGUUAUAGGUUUUGUUGGCUUUUUCCGGAGUUUGAUUUGGUGCCCUUUGGUUCUUUAUGUAUUUUUUUUUUUUGUGAUUAAUACGAUAUUGUAGUUGUUGCAAGAGAUUUGUUUUUCCUUUGGUGUCAACAUAUAGUUGGGAUCAUUGGUUUGGAAAAUGAUGCAUUUACAUUCCUUCAUUUUUGUAAACAUAAAUCUUGGUGGGCUAUGUAAAUUUGAAAUAACUAAACCAACGAAACAAACAAUCAUUAACA